CACACCAAACACUCAAUUCAUUUCGUUCAGAAAAUAAAUUACCUCCUGGCUUCCUGCUUCCUCAGUCAAUCUUGUCCAUAUCGACUUUCCGAAAUGGCGAAAAGUAUCCGUUCAAGUACCAAAAAGAGAAACCACGCCAAACUGCGAAGCACAGUCUUUGGUCCUGUCGCCGAUGCACGAACAGAGAGACUUUCGGCCAAAUUACAAGAGCUCGCAGCGCAACCUCUUAAGAUUGAGACCAGCAAGGAUUCUUCCGAAGAAAAUACCAAGACAGAAGCUGGGGUGGAAGAUGAGAGCGACAAAAUGGUUAUUGACGAGUCAGCUGCUACAAAAUCAAGUUCUACAAAGCAACGAUCGAAUCGCGUCAGGAAGCAGAUCAAGCGGAAGCCCCGCAAUAAGAUGGUUUUUUCCAAACCACACCAGGGGAAACAACAGCGAAAAACUCAAAAGAAGAAUUAG